CCCAGUACUGUAUUAUUGUACAAACCACAAGUACAAACACCUUCGUACAAAAUCAUCUCUCAAUCCUUUCUCAAACGGCGGUGAUGCUCGUCGUACUCACAAAUAACCUUACCAGUCCAUUCUUGUGCGUAUUCGAUAUUAUACCUAGUUAGGUGUUUGGCUUACCUCACCUCUUCCUCUUCUUCCUGGCCUUUUCUUAAUAAUAUCCUCCAUUCUUCUAACUAUUCGUACCUUGGUAGUUUAGAGUUAAAUUAUUGUGGGCCAUUUUACCAAGCCGACGCUAAGCUUGCUUGGAGAGAGUGACCCUGCCUGAGACAGUUGCAACCGCGGCGGAACUAACCUACGCAAUGCCAUUGUGGGUACCCUUAGUAUCGAAAAAUUAUUGAUUCAUACCUUGCCGCAACAAACUAAGGCAAAUUCACGAUUGCACUUAUUAUUUCUUAGAUAACCUCUAGCUAUAAAACCACAGACCCCGCAUUUCUGAAUUCAGUUUAGUGUGAGUCCUUUUUGAGAGAACCAGUGAAGUGAGCAGUAAAAUAUGGCAUUCAUUUUUAAGACCAUGACCAUCCUGGCUUUAGCCGCCUCAGCAGUCAGCGCGCCGCCCGGGGGCUACUCCUACAACAAGUUCAGCGGCCCAGUCAGCGGGCAGAUCCACGAGGUUCAGGUGGCAGCUGCUGAGGGUCUACCGGCGCAGCAGCAUGCCGACUACGGGUACGACCACCACACGGGGAAAAUACACCCGGACACGGCCAAAUACGCGCACUUGAAGACUGUGGAUUAUGUGGCGAAGCCCGACUACCACUACGCGUACGGAGUAGAGGACCCGCACACGGGCAACCUGCAGAGCCACAAGGAGAGCCGUGACGGCGACGUGGUGCACGGAGAAUACUCGCUGGUGGAGCCCGACGGCUCCAUCCGGCUCGUGCGGUAUACUGCUGACCCGAAGAACGGCUUCCAGGCUACCGUCCACAAGAAAGCAGGUGGUCAGGCUCUGAAACCAGUGCACUACGGACACGCCAAGGACAAUGGAAACGACGACGACGAACACAGAGAUUACUAGUCCUAUUUAUUGUUAAAAACUUGUUAUCUUGUUCACUAUUAAUUUAUUAGCACUGUUUUUAUAAAAUUUAUUUACAAAAUGUUA